AAAAAUUGUUCAGAUAAUAAAUUGUACAAAAUAAUGGCUGAACGUCAAGAUAAGAAGAAAAAAAAGGAGAAGAAGAGGAACAGCAAGUCAAAAAAGAUAUCAUCAAAGAAAAAGGCUGCAGAAGCUGCUAAACAAAAGGAAGCUUGCAUUAAAGGAAAGUUUCACAAAUGGGAAGAGGCAUGGGAAAAGAAAUGUCAAGCGCAGGAUGAACUUGAUGAUUACAGAUGUCGCCUGCACAAAGGAUUAUGUUUAAAACCAAAGACGCAGUCAAAUAUUUGGGUAAACGUAAUAGAAGAUAAAAUGACACAGGAAUUGCACAUGGCCAUCAAACAAGUACCAGUACCCAAACCAAAGCCUCCUCCGAUUCCAAGAUUAAAAAGAAUGGAAAUUUUAUCGAGCUGCGAAGGAACGGCCAACCAGAUUGCUGAGAAGAAUAAAACAAAAAAUAUUGUAAAACAGAAAAAAAAAGGAAAGAAAAAAGGAUAAAAUAAAAAAAAAAAAAAAAAAACAAGGAAAUAAUAACAAUGACCUUUCAUUUGAAUAAAUUGA